GUCUCACUGUGGAUUUCUCCACAUCCUGCUGUGUGCCUGACUGAGGGCUUCUCCGUGAUAUUUACCACAGUGCCUCCUCGCCACGCACAGCGCCGGCUGCGUCGUAGCUCAGCGCAUGGCAAGGGCAUCACAAAUGGUUAGGGACGACAAUUUGUUCCCCCGUUUGUUCAGAGAAUAGCAAAUUAAAUCAGAAGGACUCCCGAGGCGGUACAAUGGUCUGACAUUUUAGAAAGGAAUAGCCUUUUUCUUUUUUUCUUUUUUCUUUUUUUUUUACGUGGGCGCAUGCAUACGGAUGGGAGUCAGAGAUGCCAAGCAGCACGCCAGGGGCACUCGAAGAGGAUGAAGACUUGAAAUAUGAGUGGAGUGGACCUUCUUUUAUCAAAUAUCUAAACGAGAAAUAAUUUAUAUUUUUCACCAAGGGGGAGGUGUGGCAUCGCCGCGUGUCCGCUCAGCCUCUGGUGUCACAUGGAUGGAUGACUUUUGUCCAAAAAAUGAAGUCCAUGUAACUUUAUAUAGGUCACACGUGAAAACACAUAAUAUCAAGUGUCUAACAUAGCCUAUAAGUAGCAGACUAGACGUGCGCUCUUGUGGAACUCGGUGAGGAAUCCAGGUGCGCUCCAUGUUUCGUUUAGGACACACCGGUACCGGCGGCACCUGCGGGACUUAAAGCACAUUUGGGACUUGAAAGCAGCGUUGGGCUGUGGGCCAGUGAUGCCGGACACAUUCACACUCAUAAAGAACCGGACAGAGCCACGGCUGGGGCAGCUAGAGCGCACACUGACCGCGGAGGGGAGUGCCCGCCCCGCCUGGGUCAUAGCAAUCCUGGCCAGCGUUUUGAUCUUCACCACGGUGGUGGACGUGCUGGGGAAUCUGCUGGUGAUCAUCUCCGUGUUCAGGAACCGCAAACUGAGGAACUCGGGUAAUGUUUUUGUGGUGAGUUUGGCCUUUGCAGACCUUGUGGUAGCCUUCUACCCUUACCCGUUGGUUCUCUACGCUCUGUUCCAUGACGGAUGGGCGCUGGGAAACACACAAUGCAUGGUCAGUGGUUUUCUCAUGGGGCUGAGUGUCAUUGGUUCCAUUUUCAACAUCACUGGGAUCGCAGUGAACAGAUACUGCUACAUCUGUCACUCCUUCUCCUACAGUCGGCUGUACAGCUAUCGCAACACUCUGCUGUUUGUUGCCUUGAUUUGGGUGCUCACAGUAGUGGCCAUUAUCCCCAAUUUUUUCGUUGGCUCCCUGCGCUACGACCCGCGGGUCUAUUCCUGCACCUUCGCCCAGAAUGUCAGCAGUUCCUACACGGUGGCGGUGGUCGUGGUUCAUUUCUUGGUUCCCAUCGCAGUGGUUACCUUCUGUUAUCUACGCAUCUGGGUGCUUGUGAUUCAGGUGCGGCGUAAAGUAAAGACAGAAGAGAGCCCUCGCCUCAAACCAAGUGACUUGCGGAAUUUCAUCACCAUGUUUGUGGUCUUUGUGCUGUUUGCCAUCUGCUGGGCUCCCCUUAACCUAAUUGGCUUGGCGGUGGCCAUAGAUCCGACCCGCGUGGCUCCCCGUAUCCCCGAGUGGCUUUUUGUGGUCAGCUACUUCAUGGCGUACUUCAAUAGCUGUCUAAAUGCCAUCAUCUAUGGCUUACUCAACAGGAAUUUCAGGAACGAGUACAAACGCAUCGUCACCUCUGUCUGGGUGACUCGGCUCUUUGUGACAGAGACUUCGCGAGCCGCCACGGACGGCAGGAGCAUAAAGAGCAAGCAAUCGCCGCCGCCGCCACUCAACAACAACGAGUCGGUCAGAGAUCGUACAAACAAGGAAUGAAACCUCAAAUCAUGAGCCUGUUCAAUGGUAAUUCCUGUAUUUAUGUGACACCCAGUCGGUUGUGCAGCUAAAGAGUUAUCAAUGCAUGAAACUGGAAUACAUGGCUUGGUUUUCACCACAGGGCGCAGGUGACCAUGUUUACAUCUGUUUUUGAAUCAUUUUUAAAGUUAUGAAGAAUUAUAUAAUCAAUAGAAGUUCUGUUUUUGAAUCAUUUUUAAGGUUAUGAAGAAUUAUAUAAUCAAUAGAAGUUCUUGAAAUGUUUUCAUUUAGGGGGAUUCAUUCAAAAACUUUGCUAAAAUGAUAAAUAAGACUGAUUCUCAACCACCAAGCACUAACAGAGCAAACAGAUAUUGCUUCGUCCUGGGACAACAGAGCCAUGUACUGCAGUUUCAUUUUGCUCUAAAAACAAUCUGAAUGGUACAUUAAUUUUUAUGUCAUAAAAAUGUAAAAUCCUUUAAUGGUUGCUGCUUCAGAUUCUUAGACAUAUUUCACACAAUGGGGUAACCACUGGUAAACAUAGUCUCUUUAGUAACUUCAGAAGCCUCAAAUAAUACAACUCGCCUCACCUGAAUGCUAGAAUGGAAGAAGAAGCGAUAAUGUCAGUCUGUCUAUAAUGUAUAAGAUCAGUCUGAUGGGUUUGAUGUGUUGACAGUAGCAUAUACUUCAUGCUGCCUGGCCUGACCCUCUUGCACUUCAAAUAAAACUUAGUAAUGAACAUUAUACAUUAAUUCAGGAAAAAAAACACAGAGCAAGUCAUGCGCAAAACUAGCACCACACCAUGUAAGAUGUGCCAAGGAAAGGUGGAGUUGGGGAUUCUAAUCUGAUACACUUUUUCCUCAAAUUCAGCGAAUAUCUUCUCACGGUCCACUAGCUGUCCAUUCUGUUUGUGUGCCGAAAAAAGAUCCUGUGUUCAUGCAACAAAGGACAGAGGAAAGGCGUGGAUAUAUAAAAAGGACAGCAUCGAGAGCAAGAUGGAUGGUAAAUCGGACAGGGAAAGGGUGUCAAAUAUCUCUCAAAUAUCAAUCUCCAGAAUCGCUGAUUCCACCUUUAACAUGGCUGUUCUAGUUUUUGAAAAUGGUGCAUGUGAUGUAGCAGGUGGAGGACACCUACAUAUCUAUUGCUGCUGUAUUCACCGUUCUGCAUAUCAGCUUACUACUACUAAUACUUCUCAGCUGCUGCUUUAUCGUAAUACUCAUUUAUAGGAUAGGUCACUGUAGGCUGCAUGGAACGCCUGCCUUGAUUUUACCUUUUGAAUAAACAAUGUUUUCCUAAAAUGAGCAACAACAAUGUGAUAGAAAACAACCAGCCGAUCUUACGCCCACCAGAGAUUCUUCUUAUUCUUUUUUUUCUUACAAAAAUAUUCCAUUCAUUUUCGAAUGAAUAAUGUUGACUCAUAGUUUUCUAUUUUUCUGCGAUAGGAUUGCCUCAUGGGUUUUUAUACAGAGCACAAAAGCUAUUUAAAUAUACAGCGUACUGUAAAACUCUUUGCAGCUGUUUCAUCAAAACACAUACAUUUAGCAUUAUAGAUUGUAGAUUUACACUCUCACACGCACAAUAUAAUAUAAAACAUAAUAAAAAAAAACCAAUGAAGGUCUCCUUACUAAAAUGUUGUUCAUAACAAAUCGCCUUUAUUUGCAAGUAUACAGACAAUGUGCUUCUUUUUUCUACUACAGUUGAUUAUCUUGGACACACCUGUUGACCUACAGGUGUGCAAGAGUUUUAGUACAAUAUAUAGAAAUAUUUAAACAGUAACCGAAAAAGAUAAAAUGGAGGUUAAUUCACUGCAAAUAUACAAUGGAGGGCACAAUUUAAUUGCAUGUUAGUACAAUUUUGAGGUAUGUUUUGAGGCUGAUCCUGUUGCAUUUUUAACUAAGUACUUCUUUCACUAUUAAACCCACAGUGCAGGAAAGACUUUAAACUGCAAGAGCACAACCUCAUACCAAAUUGCAAUGCAAUGUUUUUUGUUUUUUUUAAGUGCAACUGCAAAGAUGAGACUUUAUGCACACUAAUGCUAUGCUAUGCAAUUUAAAAACACACAAUCCAACAUGUAAAAAUCACAUUCAGUAAACCGAGAUAGUUCCUCGCCUUUAUUUCUUACCGGUUCACUGUCAAACGAUGCUGCUGUCCAGGCCACACAGCAGGGCAACAAAAGAAAUAAGAUACACAGCAAGUUCAGGAUGUUCUCCUGCCUUCUCCGCUAGAAAGCCUCAAGCCUCUGGAAAAAUGAGGCGGAUAAAGACAUUUACUGAAUGUGCAGCAAGCAAUAUAGAACGGGCACAGUUUCCUCUGCCUCCUACAUCAUGUGCAGGAUGUGGUAGUUUUAUGCAGUGGCAAUUCUUUUUCGGCAUUCUGAACUACUUAUGCAAAAUUUUAGCUUUUCAUUUCAUAGGUCAUGUAUCUUUGUAGUUCAUUUAUUUUCUAUUUAAAAAAAAAAAAAAAGAAAAUCACCAGAGACACAUUUUGAUGCUUUCACUGUGGAAAAACAAACUAAAACAAGUGUUUGGGGGUUGUACUGUCACUUGGUUGUAUUUACUCAGACAGGCGAGUGACGCUUUUGCCUCUCGAUUGAACAGUGUGUGGAAAGAUGUAGAUUGUUGAGAAGGUACAGCUCAUAUCUGUAUUCCCAUCUCAGGGUGCCUAUUGAACAUUUUGUCGUGCUACACAGUUGUUGGAAACAUCUGCAGUUAAUUAGCUGCCAUAUAAGGGAGUCUGAAGACAUUUCAAAGGGGGAUUUUGUAAAUUACUGUGGUAAGUGUGGUUUUUAACUGUGGUAUAUUGUUAUUGGAGAUGUAUUUGAAAUGUGUUUUUUAUAUAUCAGAAGCUUAAUUACAAUUAACAGUUUAGCCACUCAAUUAACAGUUUAUUACCAGAUAAUUCUAAACCUCUCUUUUCAAUUACUCUGUUAUACUUGCAAAGUGCAUCUAAAACAACCUCUUGCUUAAUUGGCAUGUACAUUGCAUCACUACAAAUACAUUUGUUUUUCAGUGUCGAGGGAUGGAAUCAACUUCUAAUUGCAUAAAUCAAAAAUACAAGAAUGGCAAGUUGCUCAUUAUAAUUUCCCUGGUUUGGUAUAUUUACACAUUUAAAUUCAUUGCACAUUUGUGUGUUCUUAUACAGGGUAAAAAUGUGCAAAGCCAUAGAUCAAGAAUGCUAACAGAUGCAAAGCUCAAAGUCGUACUAUAAAUAUUCAUGGGCCAGGACAGAUGCGAGAGCUUUGCAAGCAGAGGAGGAGUAUAUGGAAGCAAACAAUGACAUUUGUGGUGCAGAGAAGGGUAGAAAACAGGGGCAUAGAAAGUUUUUGUUGAAGAAUAAAUACAGGGAGUGACUCUGCGGUCCUGACAACGAGGUGAGAAGGUCACUGCACCACUGGGGAAGCAGGGGUGGUGUCCAAGUCACUGCAGGGGAGGGAUGGGUGGGACAGAAACAAAAAGUAAAUAAAAAGGUGUUUUUCUAGUGAAACCGAAUGCUCAAACAUCUGGAGAGUGUUUUAGAUGCACUGGGAGGAAAGCAAAGACUUUUAAACAAUUUAAACCAAAGAAAUGGGCAAAGCUGAAGGGUGUAGAUACACUUUGUUGAGAUAUUGCUGGGGGAAAUCUUUAAAACACCUUUGGUCCUUUAAUGUCUUUUUUUUUCCAUUCAAAGUACUGCCUUACAGUUAAUACAAUAGUGUCAAAUUUUAAAUAUUAUGGCAAGUGUCAUAUUUUCUAUACAAAAAAAACAGACCUAUUCAGCAAACCUCCAUACUGCUUCUCUUUAUGUAUUCAGGACGGUCGUCUAUAGACAGUUUUCUGUUCAGCAUUGUGCAGAAGUUCACAUGCAGGCCUCAGGCAGAAGACUCAAUUGUUGAAACAGAGGAACAAAUAUUAUCUUUUUCUCCUUUGUGUUUUUUUUUCUUCUAUAUACCCUACAGGAACAUUAUGUAACUAUGUUCAUUUAUGUUCCCUAUGCUCACUGUCGACCAAAUGUGACACCUUGCUCGCCAGCUUAAAGGAUACAUUCACACGACAUGUUUGAACAGCACAACCUCACAGCUUUAUUUUUUAAAAACUCCUGCAAUUUCUCACUGGGCAUUAACGCAUAAUAAUAAGAUAAUUAUUUAGUCCUCCAAAUCCUAUGAUGAAGCCGGUUUUCCAAAUUGUAAAGCUGGCAGUAAAAAAUGUUUUUCUAAAGGAAUAAAGCAGGGUAAACAAAACAUGCUGUUUAGUUUUAUUAACAUGAAUUUAAAUAAAAUAAUUAAUUUGAAAGACAAAGUUUAUUCAACUUUAAAGAAAGUUUUCUGGACAGUUUUUUUAUUAUCUAGCACAGAAAUACACACCUAACAGUCAGGUGCACUUCCUAUUUUCAAGAGGGAUUUAUAUAUAGAGCCUAGUGUUUUAUUGUUUUACUGUAGUGUGUUUACACCAGGUUUAAAGGGCCGUGGGGAUGUCCGCCUUCUCUUGACUAUAAUGGAGAUAUAUGUAAAAUGGAUAUACAUGUUUUUUGUUGUUGUUGUUGUUGUUGUUGUUGUUUUUGAGCACCACAGUUCAAUUUAGUUCCAUUAUAUUUGAGAGAAAGCAGAGAUCUCUACGGCAAAUACAUCCAGCACUCUGUAACUCACACCAAAACAGUCUAGAUUGAUAAAUAGCACUACAGGUAAAAACAAAAAUAUGUAUUUUUGAUUUUCAGACUUUUAAAUUAACCCCCUUACAACAGAAUCCACCCAUGUAUAUAGGACUGGAUAAACAUUUUGAGUUCUGUGACAAAAAAAAGCAAACUUGUGUUUUUGUAUGGAUUGAAUAAAGCAGCAUAUAUAACUAUGGUGUAAAUACAAUUCAGCCUUCAAAGCAAACACACAAGGAAGUAAGCAGUGAAGGUCAUCACAAUAUUUUCCAUUGGGAGAUGAAAGCUAAGGUUUCUAUGUGCUACUAAUCCUUUUGAGUGCUGUACUCAAUGAUGCGACACACUCUCAAAUUUCUGCAUUAUGCUGUCGGAGUCCCUCUUGCACCCUCCCAAACAUCCGUGCACAAUAUUCAUGCAGGGUUGACAUUUUCCUAAAAGAGGCAUUCCCUGAUACUUCUCUCUUUCUGGCUUUUUGCUUUACCCUGUGAUCUUUUGGAGAAAAAGUGAAGUGAGCGAAGCACCAAUUUGCAUUUGAAAAGGCUUGUACUCGAUAGCUGCUACAAUCACAGUUGCUUCAUUUGACUUAUUUUUUUUACAGAUGCAGUUUGGAAAUUAAAGGCCAUAGAACACAAGAUAUUCCCAAAUCAUAGAAACUAAUUAAGGCUGUUGCUCACCAAGGCUUUGGUAGGAUUUGAAUUUGCCUUGCAGAAACCUGGCAUAUGCAGGUAAAAGAUAGAAACAAAAUAUUCUUCUGGAAGUCCGCCAGCUCUGAGCUACAUGCCUGCAUGGCACAAUUCAAACUAUCCUUAAGCCUCGCUUGUCCUCUUCCUUUUAUCUGGACAUACUCAAACAGUAGACCGUUUUUUUUAUGUCACUGAUGGGUUAUGUAAGAGCGUGACAACAUCAGCUCACAGCUAAAGGCAGAAAAGGAUGCAAGACUGAUCAAAUUAAGCGCAAGGUACCUUCACUCAAAUGAAAACAGAAUGACAAGCCUUGGGAACAUAAUUGAAUGCACUUACAGUAUACUGUCACAGGAAACACAAUGACAAACCACAGAAGUGUAGCUCUGUACUGUAUUCCCCUCAUGCAGAAUUUACAGACAGGAAACCAAUCGACGCAUUUAUACACUGUGACAAUGAAAUUGUGAAAGAAACAGCCCUUAAAAUGUUAGCAAAGCACAAAUCCUUUUCACCUGAUAAAUAUUUACACUCAGAGGAAACUUAAUUGGCUGCAGCUCAUUAGAUGAAGGUAGGAUCUCUGUUUGCCCGCAGCCUGAAUUAUUUGAGGCAUGUUACACAACAAUUCUUGUUCAAGCUGUUUGUUUUUUUUAUUUGUUGGUGUAAAGAGGCACCAGAUUAAGUAAGACAAUAAAAUAAAUGUCUUUUUCGAACAGGUUGGAAGUUGAUUUUCAGGCAUUUAACCCGCCGACUACUCGUGUCUUGAUAAGUGUCUUCAGUUCCAGAGGCUGUGUGAAUGUGCAUGCUUGUCUGAUGUUAUUUAUGAGGUGACGCUCACUGAUAAGAAUUCACUAACAGGUGCAGGCCGUGGCGCUCGGAUGACGGUGUGAGUAACCAAAGGGAAAUCUGUGGAAUGUAAUGGAAUUUGAAAUUUCAACUUUCAGAAGGCUUGGUUGUGACACUGAGUCUCAUCAAAAUGAACUGUGUGUAAAAAGAUAUGCAUUAUGUGUACAGUUCUACUGAAACACGAUGUUAUGAAAAAAUAAAAUUGAUAUAUCAUG